GAGGAGUUUGUCUGAGUGUGUCUGAGAGAUGGAGAAGUUAUUCACACGUUUGAUUUAUGUCUCAAACAAGCAUCUGAUUUUCAACCCAGAUUGUAAAUGCACAUUAGAAACAUCUAUCAAUCUAUCUCUCACUCUGUGUGUGUGUGUGUGUGUGUGUGUGUGUGUGUGUUCGCGCCCUGUGACAGCUGACUCGGGGGGGUUUGAUGAUAUCCAUAUAUUCAUAUUUCAGCGGAGAGCAUCCAAGUGUCUCACACGAGACACCGUUUGUUUGGCUAAUUAAUCAUUGCGCCAAAGAAAUCAAUGCACGUUUUAAAUGCACGACUGAUCCAGUUUUGAAUUGUAAUGUGACAGAGUUGUUGUUUUUUUCCUUUCUUUCUUUAAGAGCACAUCCCCUCCAUUGGUUAGAUUUGGUGAGGGUGGGGUCUCACUCAACAGCCAUUGACGUAGCCCUCUUUGGAAAUGGCUAUUAACCGAGAAGCAGUCAGCUGUGGAGACAUAGAAAAGAGUUUUGAGGCAAAGAGGAAGGGGGGCGAACAGAAAAACGAAGAGGUGAGGUGGUUCGAAGUGGUCUGAAUUGGUACAUUAUGUUGGUCCCGUGCUGUCCGGCGCGCUUCAAACCAACGUGGAGCUGGUGGAGUGCACACAACCGGUGUCCUCUCGUGUUCACAGUAGCAACCAGUUGGUUUUGAGCAUCAGGUGAGCGUUUGACUCAACAUUCCUACGCCGUCUUCUUCUUCUUCUACUUGUGGGCGACACACUCCACUUUUAAACAGAUGAGAAGAGAGAGUGGACGGACCUGAACAAGUAUGACCAAAGGCUCCGCGCCCUGACGCGCGUCCUGUGCGCGCUGCAUGCCGGACCGGUGAGAGUGUGGACUAUAGUAUGAAGCGUCAUGGCUUGGUGUGACCGCGGGGUUCAAACGCUGCUGGCCACCGUGGGGGCUUUCGCCGCCUUCAGCCUGAUGACCAUCGCCGUCGGCACGGACUACUGGCUCUAUUCGCGGGCGUACAUCUGCAACGCAACCAACGCAACCACGGACGACGUCCAGUCUCAGCCCAAAACCAAGAAAGGUGAUCUCACCCACUCCGGGCUGUGGAGGAUCUGCUGUAUUGAAGGUAUCAAUCAAGGCAGCUGUUACCGAAUCAACCAUUUCCCUGACGACAAUGACUAUGACACAGACAGCUCCGAAUACCUGCUGCGUAUAGUGCGUGCCUCCAGUGUGUUCCCCAUCCUCAGCACCAUCCUGUUGAUGCUGGGAGGUCUGUGUGUCGGGAUGGGCCGAGUCUACAACAAGACAAACAAUGUCCUCCUCAGCGCGGGCAUUCUCUUCGUGGCUUCAGGUCUGAGCAACAUUAUCGGCAUCAUCGUCUACAUCUCCAGCAAUGCAGGAGACCCCAGUGACAAACGUGACGAUGACAGGAAGUACACUUACUCCUACGGCUGGUCCUUCUACUUUGGCGCCCUCUCCUUCAUCGUGGCCGAAGCAGUGGCCGUCCUAGCCAUCAACAUCUACAUUGAGAAAAACAAGGAGGUUCGCUGGAAGGCGCGGCGCGAUUUCAUCCGUUCACUCUCGUCCUCUUCACCUUACUCAAGGAUACCAAGCUUCCGCUACCGCAGGCGGACGUCGCGCGCCAGCUCUCAUUCUACGGAGGCAUCCCGAGAGAAUUCACCGGCGGGCGGUCUGAAGGGGGCGCCAUCUUCCGGUGGUCCACUGGGCGAGCUGUCCAUGUAUGCCCUGGCGAGGGACAGUGUGACGGACAACACAUACAGCCCCGAACACGAGGCGUCCGCUGACUUCCUCCAGGUCCAUAAUUGUUUUCCCAACGAUUUAAAGGACGGGGUGAACCGCAGGACCACACCGGUGUGAGGGGGCACGUUGCCAAGCUCGAGGUUCAUCUGGAGGAGGAUGAACAGGAAAUUAUUAAAAAGUCAGUGGGCUGACCUGCUCGAGUGCUUGCGAUAGCCUGCCAUCUUUGUGGCAGAGUUUUCAGAGGCUGUCCUUCUGGAAUAAGACCGGAGGGAGACGAGAGGACGGUCAGCUGGAUGGAGGAUGAGCCGAUUGAGAGAACUUGAUUAUUUACCUGCCGUUAGAGACGAUCAAACCAGAAUAGAGUUGCCAUUGUCUGUGCUGUACCCAGUGUGAAUUUGUGUUAUCUUUCAACUGUGUCAAAAUGUGUAGAUUAACAGUGUGUGGAUCAUGACCAUUGUUUAUGUAAUCAUUUGUGUAAUGGUCACUACACAUUGUAGGCAAAUUUGAGGAAACAAAGCAUUGAGCUGUGCCAGUCAGCUGUAUUCUACCUGUAAAUUAUCUAACAAGGUGCUAAAUAGAGUCUCCUCUGCAACUUGACAGUGUUUAAUUUGUGUGUGUAGUUAAGAGUGUGGACCUCUCUCCAAAGUUUCCACAUGAUCAGUUUGGUCCAGCCUUAUACUCAUGGGUAUGAAAGGAGCACCAGGGGCUCUCCCUGCACUAUCCUUUAGGAUAAUAUAUGGCCUUUUAAACAAACUCAAAUUAAAUAAAGCAUCUUAGUUUCACAUUUUAGAAGUCACUGUCUCUACAAAUUGUUUGGCUUGCUGACUCGUAGCAUACUGAAUGUUUAGUAUUCUAGCAAAAAAAGUGCACCUAGUCCUCCAAAUGUAACGGAAGGUUUUGUCUCCCCCGUCUGCCUCUUCCUUAAUCCUAUUCUUCUCCGACAUAUGUAGGUGGAACACAUUUUUAUUCACUUUCAUAUCAGUCUGCCGUCCUUCCAUCACAACCCCUUGAUGGAUGUGACAUUGUGUAUGUGCCUGUCACAAGAGAGGAGCCGCUGACAAAAAGGGGGAGGGGGGUCCCCCCAGAACUGUGAAAAUGGCACAGCUCAGGACUAACUCUAGAUCUGAAUGGAGCCCCCAGUCUCCAGAGUGUUGAAUGGACAAAGAUCAGAGUCAGGCGAACAAAGUAUGUACGUCUGUCAGACUGCCUGUGAAUCCAUCCUGCUGCCUUCCCCUGCUCCCAUGUCAAGAAGAGGCCCCAGACAGAGGCAGAGGGAGCACGUCUGCGACCGAGUCCCUGAAGGAUUUGGCUCCAAUGACAAGAUGCGCGUGUCUCCUGUCAUCCUGCAUGUCCAUCUCUGCUCUGUCUUUUAGUUCUCUCAGGAAAUACUGUGUUGUUGUGGCAGGUUGAAACACUUUUGAGGUCCUCUCCUCUGUUUGUGGCAGUGCCGGGAAAUGGACCAGUGACAAAGAGAAACCUGGAGAAAAUUACUUGAGAAAAAAAAAAAUGCCAUUACUGUAUUUAGAAAAUGCUGUGAGUGUUUGCUUGAGCUUGUUCCAAGAACCAGGGUGGGUUUUAGCUGAGGGCUAUUCAGUUGGUUUUUGGUUUGGAAAGCGCGCUCACUCAAAUACACAAAUAGUAUUUGAUUGUAUUUUGUGUGUUUGAUAUUCCAUUAGAGAUACCACUUCAUAUAUUAGACUAGGCUCAUGUAAGAGAAAGCCGUGUGAGUGUAAACCUUACACCUUUAUAUUACAGUGUGGGGAAAAAAACCAAAAUGUGUUUGUUUGUAGUGGUAAAGCUGUAAAGUUGUAUAUGAAAAUACAAUAAAAAUAUUUUAAAAAGACGAGAAAAAAAACUGAAUGUGAAAAGACAUUAACAGAGGCUUCAAAGCAUUAUUUUACUUAACGUCCUAAUAAUAAACAUAAUGCCUUGAUGCAAUCUGGAAUGGGUCAUAACAUUUCAAUUCACCAUUUUAUAUUCAGGUAAACACACUGAUUUUGCAGUUAUUAGUUAAACAGUAAAUCUAACUAUUGAAUAUUCUCUUUUGUAAGAUAGUACAGUUAAUACAGUUAGGAGAAGAAACUAUAUUUUCUAUUCCAUGUGUAUAAGGCAGCUGUACUUUACUGUAUGUGCUCUUGUUGAUUAAUGGCUUACUAUUGUUGAGAAAUAAGCAAAGACAAUUUUUUUUAAAGAAUAAUACACAAAUACACAUUGGAGUGCACAUUUCAGAGGGGAAAUUGAAAAUUGUAUGAGUUGCAUAAUAAAAAAAUCACAGGGAAAGAAAAUGAUGCACUUAUGUUUCAUAAAGACAUUAAAUUUCUUGUCCUAAAUACAGUAUGUUUUAACCUCAAAAUUAUUGAAUAUACUGUAUAUAUCACUAUUGAAGGUACUUUCUUUGUUUUUUAGUACA